AUGAAUCCCACCAGCUUCUUCCUCCUUACAUUGCUCCUGGUUCUGGUGACAGAAGCAGCUGCAAGGAGACCCCGUGAAAGGUUCUCACAAGGGUCUGAAGAACAUUCUAAUGAAAACCUUCACGUAAAGGUGCUGGGGGGCAGUAGGGGAUCAAGUUCUUCCAAUGAGGAAUACAGCCGAAGUGAGAGUUCAUGGAGUUCCUUUAAAUCAAAAAAUCCAAAAAGUGGCUUCAGUGAGGAUGGCCAUCUUGAUUACAAGACUAGAGGAUCUCAAGGAGAAGAAGGAAUGAGCUCUUUUAAAAGCAGAAUGAAAACUCGGAUUGCUGGUAAAUAA